AUGGUUCUGGUGACAGCCACCAGAGAGUGGGAAAUUCUCCAAAUCCUUGUUGUGUGCCUGAUAUGCAUGGCGCAUGCUGCUGUUUUGGCAGCAGAAGUAGUGGAGGGCCUUGGAAGCCUUGUUGUCCAAGAAGAAGUGACCCCUGGACUUUGUUGCUACAGCACACUGCCGGCCAUGAGGCUGAGGGCACUUCUGGAUGCCAGCUUCUGUCAAUCAGAGGGGAGAAGCAUUCUUGAAAGAAAUGAUGGCAUGCCAGUCAACUCAGCAAGAACUCUGUCAUUUCAGGGUGGGCGUAUGGCUGUACCUGCCACACGCUUCCCAUACAUCAACACGGUGGAGGUCCAUGGCAAAGUGUGCAAUGCAGUUGCCAUAUCUAAGACACACAUUCUGACAAAGGCAAGCUGCAUAGGAGCUGCAGCUGGCACCAAUUUUGAUCCUGGUGCUUGGAAGGGAGGUGUUGGCAGCGUUUGGACUCCCGCCCAGCUGGGCCUGCACAGCAAGCAGGUGCACAUCCAUCCCAACUGGACUGGAGCCACCUCAGAUCAACAUGACGCCGCGAUCUUGACUCUGGGCAAGCCAAUUCGUGACCAGCCGGUAGUCCUCGCAGACCCCACAUUCUGCCUUGUUGAGCACUUGCCUGCGCACACAGUGUGGCCCUGGGGUGGUGGAGGCUACCUAGUUAGUUCCUAUACUGCAUGUGCUGACCCUUGGUGCUGUGCCACCACUGGGUUGGUCAAUGGCACGUCUGCCAAUCAGCCAAAUGGGACGUGUGACCUCCCAGGUGGCAUAUUGGUGCUAUUGGAAUCCCCUUCGGCCAGCACAGCACCCCAUGGGUGUGGGCACACAUCGCAUGCCACCAUCGAGUCAGGUUCUCCGGACUUGGACCUGCUUGUGGGCAUCUACGCACUGCCUGACGUCGCCUUGGACAGUGAAACCGCUGAAGAGAUAACGUGGAUCGCCACAAUCCGAUCCUGGAUCGAUGAGAUAAUUCUUUAG